AUGAAAUCUUUGCCAAAUCCAAAGCCGAAACCAUCAAUCCCCUCGAAAGAUAAAAUGGUGUAUUCAAGGACCAAUAGUAGAAAAAGAGCAAGAACCGACGUUUCAAAGCAAGGUGAUUUUGACGACGAUGUUGACAACGCAAUGGAAUUCAUAAGAAAGAUCUUGCUGGCCAAAUCGUUAGAGAUUGAGAGACUCAAAGCACAAAUUGAACAAAUGAGCUCGGCGUCCAGUGCAGCUAUGUCAAGAUUCCAGCAACUAUCCGAUGAUAAUGCAGCUCUGAAGAAAGAGAACAAAGAUCAAGCCGAGACAAUUCAGAACUAUCGAUUCCAGUUAUCAAGCACCAGAAAUGAAGAUGGACUAUUCAAGAUCUUUAGCGAAAAUUUAUAUCUGAUUGACUUUUCAGUACCGUAUUUCGAGAAGGAUCUCUUGAUGGCGUGGUACGAGGAUAAACUACGGUCUCUCUGA